AUGCUCGCCUCCGCCGCAGCGGCGUCCGCCGAGGGGUCUACGGCAGCUGCGCACCGCCAGUCGCUGCAGUGGCUCUUUGCGCCCGAAGACUUGGCGCUCACGCCGUCGGUGCGCGCCGGCAUUGCGCCAGAGACGGAGCGGGCACUGCGCGCCAAGGGCGUCUCACACAUCUUUCGCAUCGGCGAGAGUCUGCGCUGCGGUCUGCACGUCCUGUCCACGGCCGCUCUCUUCUUCCAUCGCUUCUACAUGAGACGGGCCCUGCUGCCUCCUGGGACACGGUCUGCUUCAGCGCGCGACACGUUCGCCAUCCAUGAACUGGCUCCCGCGGCACUAUGGCUGGCGUGCAAAGUGGAGGAGAGCCAUCGGCGCGUCAAGGACGUAGUCGAGUACACCAUGAUGCUGAACGACAAGACGCCAGACGGGCUCAGGGCCCAGGAGAAGGGCGAGUGGCGCGUCGAUCAGAGCAGCAGGGAGUUUGGGCUGUGGCGAGACUCGAUCUGCUACUGCGAGACGGCAAUUCUCGAGGCGCUUUGUUUCGACCUGAUCGUCGACUGUCCGCACUACCACCUCACCACCGCUGCUCGCUUGCUCGGCGCCUCCUGGAACGUCACGCACCUUGCGGCAGAGCGGCUCACGAACCUCUUCUUCUCUGCGCUGGUCACUUGCUGGGACGCGCCGAUCCUGGCCGCGUGUGCGUUCGAGUUUGCGUGUCGCGAGGUCGGCAUCGACCCAGCCACAUUCUCCACGCCCGCGGAGUAUCGAUGCGGCGACGAGCCCUCGCAAGGCUGGCUGGACGCUUUUGAUGUGGAUGCGACUGAGCUGGAUGACGCCCUCCCACGCGUCGCCGAUUUUCUCGCAGAGCAUGCGCUGCACCCCACGCACCGCACAGCCGGCCCAUCGGCAGGUGGCUCUGCACUGCCGUCGACAGCAGUCACGCCGCGAGCGCGAACUGAUGGCAGUGCGCCGAUAACCAGCCUCGGUGGCACGCCCCUGGGCUUCGCCGGUCUCAGCGAUCCGGCCACACCUGCUGCCGCGACAGCCCAAGCAGCGCUGGCAGCGAACCCUCCUCCUGCGUCCUUGCUGGCGCCUGUCGCGGGGCCCAGUCACGCAAAGGCGCCGGGACCAGGAUUCAGCCCUUCCUCGCCCUCGACUCACGCUCGACCUCCGAGCCGGCAUGGGUCAGCCCCCACAGGCGCCUUUCCUCCUGCCUUCGGCGCGGCAACUGGACCCAGUCGGCUGGAUGACACGCGACUCCAGGAGCGCGCAAACGCUGUGGCGCCAUCUGCCACCGCUGCAGAAAGCGCGACAGCUGCUCCGUCUACGAGCGCCUAUGUGCCGCUCUCUCCGCCUGGACUGCGCAGUGCAACGCCAGAAGGACCCGCGCGCAAAGACCAUCCGCCACCAGCUGCUGCGCCGCCCACAGUCGCCGACACUGGCUCGCUUCGACUGUCUUCGAGUGAUGCGGCGGGCUCGACUGGCGAGACGCUGCCAUCAACUAGCGUCAAGCGUCCUCCCGCGCCGUCGCCACCCUCGAGCGACCGCGUCCAGCGCCGGCGCAUCGAUGUGGAGGAGCGGGAGGAAGGCGAGUCGAGCGAAGAGGAAGGGGCUCUGUAA